UUGCCAUAUUGGCCCCCGUUCCUCAUCUCUUCGUCUUCUUCUCUCUGGGGUUGAUGCUCUGUUUCUUCAAACUCCUCCUCCUCUGUUUCUCCAUUGAUUCCUCUCCUCUCCCCUUCCCCUCCUUCCCCUGUUCUUGAACACUAUAUUCAUUCGAAUGCCCCCGUUGUCGAUCCUGUAACAUUUUUCCAGAUUCCUUGUCGAAGAGGGAGAAUAACCUCCGAGCUCGACAUCUGUGUCCGCUUUCCUCAUUAAAGGAUCAAACACUUUGCACACAACCAAUCUGUCCUCGGAUUCCCCAUCUUUCUUCUUCUUCUCGAGAACAAGUGAUACCAAUUUUUCAUUGCCCCGAUUUCAUCUUCGUCGCGUCUGUUCACUUUCGGUUCGGAAACGUCCACGAUCUCAGCACUCGUGCGUUAGUAUCCCUUAAUUCUCGCCACCUUCAGAAAAAGGGAAAAAAAAAAAAAGCCGUUUCUUUAUAUAAAAGCUCCUACCUUGCUCUUCCCUCCCUUUUCCCUCACCAGUUUCCCGGAAAAAGAUCGAAACUUUCCGGGGGAAAAAAAAAUGGAUCCGGCAAAAUUGUUCCUCGUUCUUGCCCUUAAUGUCUGCGUAUUGGGUCGGCUUGCUUUGGGGCUCGGUGUGAAUUGGGGGACAAUGGCGACGCACAAGUUGCCCCCGAAGACGGUUGUUCAGAUGCUGAAGGACAAUGGGAUCAAGAAGGUGAAGCUGUUCGACGCGGACAAGUCGACCAUGAGAGCCCUAGCCGGGAGCGGGAUCGAGGUCAUGUUGGCCAUCCCUAAUGAUCAGCUGGCUGCUAUGAACAGCUAUGACAGGGCCAAGGAUUGGGUGAAGAAGAAUGUCACCGAAUACAAUUUCAAGGGAGGAGUUAAUGUCACAUACGUUGCAGUCGGGAACGAGCCCUUCCUCACGUCCUACAACAACACCUUCAACAAUUUGACUUUUCCUGCCCUUCAAAACAUCCAAAAUGCUCUAAACGAGGCGGGCGUUGGGGAAAACGUGAAGGCCACUGUACCCUUGAAUGCUGAUGUUUACUUUUCCCCCUCGAGCAAUGCUGUCCCUUCGGCUGGUAGAUUCCGAACAGACAUUAACGGACUAAUGACCCAGAUUGUGGAGUUCCUUGCGAAGAACAACGCCCCCUUCACUGUUAACAUCUACCCCUUUUUAAGCCUUUACGGAAAUAAGGACUUUCCGUUCAACUAUGCCUUCUUCGAUGGUGCCACCCCUAUCGUUGAUAAUGGGAUCCAGUACACGAAUGUUUUUGAUGCCAAUUUCGACACUCUCGUAUCGGCCUUGAAGGCAGCUGGUUACGGGAACAUGACAAUACUCGUAGGGGAGGUGGGAUGGCCAACAGAUGGAGACAUAAAUGCAAACAUCGGCAAUGCGUACAGGUUCUAUAAUGGGCUUCUACCGAGACUUGCAGCCAACACGGGGACCCCGCUUCGUCCAGGCUAUAUUGAAGUGUACUUGUUUAGCCUAAUUGAUGAGGAUGCUAAGAGCAUCGAACCAGGAAACUUCGAGCGGCAUUGGGGAUUAUUCCGAUAUGAUGGGCAGCCCAAGUUCGCACUUGACCUAUCAGGGCAGCAGCAGAACAAGUUCCUCAUCCCUGCCCAGAACGUCCAGUACCUUCCCCAGAAGUGGUGCAUGUUCAACCCGAAUGCAAAAGACAUCAGCAACCUUGCAGACAGCAUAAAAUAUGCCUGCAGUCGCGCGGACUGUACUUCUCUUGGGUACGGAUCAUCGUGCAACGGAUUGGACACAAACGGUAAUGCCUCGUAUGCGUUCAAUAUGUACUUCCAGGUACAGAACCAUGACCCGCUGAGCUGCAACUUCCUAGGUCUGGCGACCCUUACAACUCAGAACAUCUCAACAGGGAACUGCAACUUCACGAUCCAGAUUGCCUCAAGUUCGGCUCAGGCAUUCCGUCCCACAAGCUUGCUGGUUUGGCUGCGGUUUGCGAUGGUGGCACUGAUUACAACCUCGAUGCUAUAGGUCUUCUUUGUUCUUGUAGAUAUCUUCAAUUACUUAUCGUUCUUCCUUACUCGAUUUCUAUUAGUUCACUGCUACAUAUGUACCUUAAAUUUUUUCUAGAUAUAUUUUUAUAGUCUGGGGUUCAUGUC